AUGGUGUCUAGUUCUUUUACGGUUAUAGCAUGUGAUCUAUGUUGGAGGCUUCGAUCGGCGGCUCGAGAGGUAGAACGGGGCUCGCCGGAACCGGUUGGAGUUAUGGUCCGGCACGCAUUAGGUCUCGUUGGGUUUGUGCGAGUUGCCGUGGGUGAGAUGAGCUACCGAGAGAAAGGUAUGCAAGGGUCUAUUUUAAUGUAUCACAACAUGCGACAACGAGUUACACUUCUACUAGAGAUAAAGCGAGUAACGGAUACUUAUAAAGAAGCAAAUUCCAACUCUACUACCUCUAUUAGAGAUAAAGCGAGAACGGUUGGACACAAAGAUGAAUUGCACUUGGAGGUUGUACGGGCUAUCUUGGCACGUAGCUAUGCUCUUGCAUUUGAU